CUAAAGCGUGUUACCACAAAAAAAGCUCUAUCCUCUAUAUCAUAUACAAAUAUUUAUUAGAUAUGGAUACUAUUGAGUAUCGAAGUUGAUGUUCCAUUUAUCCAUAAAAAAGAGCUCCCCUUUCUAUAAAUAGUAGUCGCUGAUUAGAGAAUCUUACACCAACUCUCAUUGCACAAAUGGCCACACCUGAAGCUAACACCAUCCUCCAAGCGAACGCACAAGGAACCAUUGAGCCGGUGCGUCCGUCGGUCCACUUUCCUCCUUCUAUUUGGGGUGAUCGCUUCCUAUCAUUUUCUCUUGACAAUUCGCAACUAGAAGCAUAUGGUAAAGCUAUGGAACAACCGAAAGAACAAGUGAGAAGAUUGAUAUUAAACCCUGCUAUUGACUCAAAUGAGAAAUUGAGUUUGAUCUAUUAUGUGUAUCGUCUUGGCUUGACAUAUCUUUUCUCAAAAGAUAUUGAUGGCCAACUUGAUAAACUUUUCAACGAGCUUAACUUGCAAAGAUAUGAAGAUGAAGAUCUCUAUACAAUAUCUAUUCACUUUCAAGUCUUUAGAAUCUUUGGUUACAGAUUUUCUUGUGAUGUGUUCAACAAGUUUAAAGACUAUAGUACGGGUGACUUCAAGGAAGACAUUGCUACAGAUGUGAAGGGUAUGAUAAGUUUCUAUGAGAGUGCUCAACUAAGAAUAAGAGGAGAAUCUAAUUUAGAUGAAGCUAAUGUAUUCACAAUAACUAAGCUUAAAACCAUAGAAAAAACACUUGAAGGUAAACUUGCACAGAAAGUGAAACAUGUGUUAGAGAGACCUUAUAAUCGAGGGCAUCCAAUGGUAGAAGCAAGGCGGUAUUUGAUCCAAUUUGAAGAAGAAUUUUCGAGAUAUGACUCGCUACUAAUGCUUGCAAAGGUGCAUUUCAACUACUUGCAACUCCUACAAAAGGAAGAACUUCAAACUAUUUCAAAGUGGUGGAAAGACAAGAACUUACAAGUGAUAAUGCCUUAUGUAAGAGAUAGAGUACCUGAGCUUUAUACAUGGAUAUUGGCAUUAUACUUGGAGCCUUAUUACUCUCAAGCCCGGAUAAUAACAACGAAAAUCAUAUUGUUUGUGUUGGUGUUAGAUGACACAUAUGAUGCAUACUCUACUAUUGAGGAGGCCCGACUUCUAACCUCUGCAAUAAAUAGAUGGGACAUUAGUGCUAUGUCGCAACUUCCGGAAUAUAUGAGACCUUUCUAUGAACUUGUACUCAAUGAGUAUGCUGAAUUUGACAAACCACAACCUCACCAAUGGACACCAUAUAUCAUUGAGGCUUCAAAAAAGGCUUUUCAAGACUUGGCCAGAAGCUACCUUCAAGAGGCUGAAUGGAGACUCAGUGGAGAGGUGCCAUCAUUUGAAGAGUAUAUGAAGAUUGGGUUAUAUACUUCUACACAUGAUCUUCUUUGUAAGUCUGCUUUGAUCGGUAUGGGUAAGAUCGUCACCCAAGAAUCCAUAGCUUGGUACAAAAGUGAUCCAAAGAUGUUAAUAGCUGUAGAGUUAAUUGGAAGGAUUGAAGAUGAUGUCGUGAGUGUUGAGUUUGAGCGGGAAAGAGGUCCUUCGGCCACAAGUGUAGAUGCAUAUAUGAAGACUUUUAGAGUGUCAGAAAUUGUGGCUGUCCAGGCAGUUAAAGAAAUGGUUGAAAACUCAUGGAAAGAUAUAAACGAGGGGUGUCUAAAGCCAACAGAAGUCCCAAUGGAUCUACUUACUCCAAUCGUUAAUCUCGCACAAAUGACAGACGUGGCGUACAGGUACAAUGAUGGGUUCACUUUUCCAGAAAAGACGCUUAAAGAAUAUAUUACACUAUUGUUUUGUGUUUCGGUCCCCAUGUAAUAUCUAGUGUGUGUUAUAAGUGGUUGUAAUAUCCUGUGUGUGUUAUGAGUGAUUGUAAUAUCUAGCGUGUGUUAUAAGUGGUUACCGGUGUGCAUCUUGCUUUAUGUAACAAUGCCUACAAAUUUGUAAUAAUGAAUAAUCCUUAUAUCCGCAAUCA